AUGACGGCCGAAACCUAUGACUUCAUCAAGAAUCUCGCCCGGCCACCACGGAAUCCCGCCCACGACCCCUCGUUCGGCGCCCAGAUAGCUGCAAAUGGCGCAAAGGCGGCGCCCAUUGCCCUGCCUGGCCCACCAUGCGCCGAGAAGGCGGCGCUCGAGCAGGAGCUGGCCGCCCUUGCCGCACGCGUCGAGCUGCUAGAGCACAAGAGCAGCGUCGCCGUCAACCAGAACACCUUCCCCAUGACGCCCGCGGGUGAGCCCACCGAAGAGGGCCUCGUCUAUACCCCCGCGGGCGCUCUCCGCAGCAAUGCGGGCCCCCCAGGCCAUGGCCGCCGCGGCUCGAACAAGGACCGCGCCCUGUGGGUGAGCAACUGGCUCGCCGCAAAAGAGUCGAAUGGCGACGAUGCCCCCGCCGCUGCCCUUACCGAGCAGCAGCUCUCCUAUCUCCGCGACCACCUGAACCAACAGGCAGACCAGAUCCGUAACCAGCGCGAACACAUCGACAACCUCUCUGCCGAAGUGAACAAGCAGCUGAACCACCAGAACAUGGCCUUCGAACACGGCAUCGAAGAUAUCGGUGCUCUCAAGAGAGAGCUCGGCAAGCACCAGCAGGCCAACUUGGCUUUCCAAAAGGCCCUGCGCGAGAUUGGUGCCAUUGUAACCGCCGUCGCUAUGGGCGACCUAAGUAAAAAAGUCCUGAUCCACGCCAAGGAGAUGGACCCUGAAAUCACUUUGUUCAAGCGCACUAUCAACACCAUGGUGGACCAGUUGCAGGAAUUCGCCAGUCAAGUCACAUUUUUGGCCAGGGAGGUCGGCACCGAGGGCAGACUCGGUGGCCAGGCAAAUCUACCUGGAGUUGCAGGCAUUUGGGCCGAGCUGACAGAUAGUGUCAACGUUAUGGCAAAGAAUCUCACGGAACAGGUGCGAGAGAUCGCUGUCGUCACCACAGCAGUAGCUCAUGGUGACCUGAGCCGCAAGAUUGAGCGCCCGGCUAGAGGAGAAAUCUUGCAGCUGCAGCAAACGAUAAAUACCAUGGUGGACCAAUUGCAGUCAUUCGCAACACAGGUCACAAAAGUAGCCAGAGAUGUCGGAACCGAAGGCAAGCUCGGUGGCCAGGCUGAGAUAGCCGGUGUCAAGGGCAUGUGGAAUGAACUGACUGUAAAUGUGAACGCUAUGGCUCAGAACCUCACCACCCAAGUACGAGAUAUUGCGCAGGUCACGACAGCUGUGGCACAAGGAAACCUCACGCGCAAAGUCGAGGCCGAGUGCAAGGGCGAGAUUCUGGAGCUCAAAUUGACCAUCAAUCGCAUGGUGGACCAACUGCAGCAGUUUGCCCACGAAGUCACCAAGAUUGCCCGAGAGGUCGGCUCCGAAGGACGACUUGGUGGACAGGCUACAGUUCACGGAGUCGAGGGGACUUGGAAGGAUCUCACUGAAAAUGUGAACGGCAUGGCCAUGAACCUAACAACUCAAGUACGAGAGAUUGCAGAGGUCACGACAGCUGUUGCUCGAGGUGAUCUCAGCCGAAAGGUCAAGGCAGAAGUACAAGGUGAGAUUCUGUCUUUGAAGAUCACCAUCAACACCAUGGUGGACCGCCUGAACACUUUCGCCCAAGAAGUUAGCAAGGUCGCGCGAGAAGUCGGAACAGACGGUAUCCUCGGUGGUCAAGCGCAGGUCGACAACGUGGAGGGCAAGUGGAAAGAUCUGACCAACAAUGUCAACACCAUGGCAGAAAACCUCACACUCCAAGUGCGAAGUAUAUCCGAGGUUACACAAGCUAUUGCUAAAGGAGACAUGAGCCGAAGAGUACACGUGGAUGCCGAAGGAGAAAUCCGAUUGCUCAAAGACACAAUCAACGACAUGGUCAUGAGACUGGAUGAUUGGUCCCUCGCUGUGAAGCGAGUCGCGCGAGAUGUCGGCGUCGACGGCAAGAUGGGUGGUCAGGCAGAUGUGCGCGACAUUGACGGACGCUGGAAGGAAAUUACUACCGACGUCAAUACCAUGGCACAGAACUUGACAUCACAAGUGCGUGCAUUUGGAGACAUCACAAAUGCUGCUAUGGAGGGCAAAUUCACACAGAUCACCGUCGAGGCCUCUGGCGAGAUGGACGAGCUGAAGAGGAAGAUUAAUCAGAUGGUGUCAAGUUUGCGAGAGAGUAUCCAGAGGAAUACGGCUGCCAGGGAAGCAGCAGAGUUGGCGAACAAGACCAAAUCCGAGUUCCUGGCAAACAUGUCCCACGAGAUCCGGACGCCUAUGAACGGCAUUAUCGGGAUGACGCAGCUCACCCUAGACACCGACCUCACGCAUGCGCAACGCGAGAUGCUGACCAUUGUACACAACCUGGCAGGUCAAUUACUUACCAUCAUCGACGACAUUCUCGACAUUUCCAAGAUCGAGGCAAACCGCAUGGUCAUGGAAGAGAUUCCAUUCUCAAUGCGCGGCACAAUUUUCAACGCUCUGAAAUCAUUAGCAUCAAGAGCCAACGAGAGGAAACUAAACCUUGCCUACGACGUUUCAUACAAGGUGCCGGACUACGUUAUUGGCGACUCCUUCCGAUUGAGACAGAUUAUUCUGAACCUCGUAGGCAAUGCGAUCAAGUUCACCGAACACGGCGAGGUUAAGGUUGCUAUCUCGAUGGCACAGGAUCAGGACUGCGGUGCAGACCAAUAUGUCUUCCAGUUCGCUGUGUCCGACACGGGUAUAGGUAUUCGUGGCGAUAAGCUCAACCUCAUCUUCGAUACUUUCCAACAGGCCGAUGGCUCUACAACCAGGAAAUUUGGCGGCACGGGUCUUGGUCUGUCUAUCUCGAAGCGUCUUGUGACACUCAUGGGUGGCCGUAUGUGGGUUGAAUCCGACUUUGGCAAAGGCAGUGUCUUCUACUUUACUUGCCGAGUCCGUCUUGGUAAAGAGGAUCUUAGCGCCAUCAGGCCUCAGCUCGCGGCUUACAGAGGGCACACUGUGCUCUUCGUUGAUCAGGACCAGACCAAUUUCUCGGAAGAGAUCUCCGAGCACCUUAAACAGCUAGAUCUUGUGCCAAUGGUUGUCAAUACCGUGGACCAGGUUCCUGGAUCCGAGAAGCGGGCGGACAUGCCGUUCGACUGUGUCAUUGUUGACAACGACAAAACCGCCCGAGAGCUCAGGAUUGCUGAGCGUUUCAAAUACAUCCCGCUUGUCAUGCUUACGCCUCGAGUGUCUAUCAGCCUCAGGUCGGCGCUUGAGAACGGCAUUUCAAGUUACAUGACCACGCCCUGCUUGCCGAUCGACUUGGGCAAUGCGCUUAUCCCAGCUCUUGAUGGUCGGGCUGCGCCUCUAGUCUCUGAUCACUCGAAAUCCUUCCAGAUUCUCCUUGCAGAGGACAAUGCUGUCAACCAGAAGCUAGCUGUCAGAAUCUUGGAGAAGUAUCAUCACAGAGUCACUGUAGCAAACAACGGUCUCGAGGCCGUCCAACACAUUCAGAAGAAACGCUUCGAUUGCGUACUCAUGGACGUACAAAUGCCUGUCAUGGGCGGUUUCGAAGCGACGGCCAAAAUCCGAGAAUGGGAGCGUGAGAACGGUAUCCCGUCGACGCCUGUGAUUGCUCUUACAGCGCACGCUAUGGUUGGCGAUCGUGAAAAGUGUCUCGCGGCCCAGAUGGACGACUACCUGUCCAAACCCCUCCGCCAGAAUCAACUCAUUCAAACCAUUCCUGCGCUGCGCAACCUUGGGUGGCCAUCUCUAUGAUCAUGAAAAGCACGCUCCCACUAUGCCCGAUAUCAAUCUACCGGCGGACAGCCCGGCACAAACGCCCAAGAAGCGACCACAAAUGGACACUCGUGGCUUCACAGAGAGAGGUCAGGCCACUCAGAGCCCAAGCUUGUUAGCUGCAGAUCAGACGGAUGAAAACGUUGAGAGGUUAUUACUGAGAAGUCACUCUAGCUGACUCCCGAACAAACGACCUCGGCGUGACUAGCUUCAUCCACCGAUUAGGUUGGUGAUGUUGAGGCCGUUUGCGAAAACGAUUUGGCCUGCGAGCGAAGACGCAUAUGUGUUUCAGCGGAUAGGAUACCCCAACGACCGUCUGAGUAGAGACGGAGGGCAUGUAUUUGUGGAGAGGACGGACGUGCGAUGGAAGCAUUGAUUUUCCCUAGUCUGCAUCAUAUUUUGAUGCACUUGGUCUUGUUCUACGUUCAUAUUCCUUGGCAAACCAACUUUGCAUAUCUGGCGUUUUGAGUAUUUCUAGGAUGGCGUGAGAUCCAAUCAAGUUUGAAAGUUGAUCGCUCGCGGACGUCUCGGUUAGUUAUUCAAUCGCUCAAUCAGCUUUAUGCUGUUAUCUAUAUUCGCUUCAUAGCAUCAGCAGUGACGCUCAUGACAGCACUACCUAG